AGGGUUGUGCUGUUGUGAUAAUAUUCAAUAUUUAUUGAGCAUGAUUGAUUGAUCACUAUUGAGCAAAUUAAACUAUUAUAGAUAGCUAAGAUGGCACUUGUCUUAAACUGUGUCGCACUAAUAAAUUCAACUAAGUAAAACAAGAUGACACAGCAUAGAAUGUUCUAUAACAUGUCUGGCCAAUAUCCAAAGUGGCCUACUUGCUUAAAAGUGGGAUUUGGUGCCAGCAAUGUUUAGAAAGAUAAGAGUAUAGGGACAUAGCUUUAUAGAAAGGGUACCGCAUGUGUCUGGCAUGGGCCUUGGGUGGUCACGACUGGCCUGAUCAACCAUAAAGAUUACUAAAUGCGCAUGACAUAUACAUGCUGGGCUGCACUGAUAAGAAAACGUAUAAAAGAAGGAGAAACUUGGCACUUGGUUGCGAGAACUACCCACCUGUAAUACGGACGCGUGUUGCUGGUCUCUGCUGUUCCCAGAAGAGAGGGUCCCUCCAAGUCUGACUGCCUGAGUUCCCCCAGUCAUGUGCAGCGGAGCGCCAACUAAACCCCUCUAAUGGUGAUGUAUACUUAAGCCGAUAUAUCCAGAUACUAAGCUGUUUGAAGUGAAUGCAUGCGAUAACUUAAAUGAGAGAAUAAAGUGUGGUGUGAAUUCUAAUAUUCAACCUGGUCUCUGUGUGAUUUCUCUUUCCUAUAGUUUAAGAUACUCAUCCUGAACUGGGUUGUGUGCCUGCCAAUAUCGUUUUAAACCUUAUUAGGUAUUGAUUAUUACUUUUUGAAUAUUGGUGUUCAUGAAUUUAAUGAUUAGGCACAACAUUGUGACGCUGUGAGCAGGGUUGAGUAUUAAUUGAGCAAGGAAACUUGAAAUCAGCCAUUUAAAAUAGUUUAAAAUAAGAAUAUUGUGUUUAAAAAUUGUUAGAACUGUUUAUGUAGACUGUGAGUAAAGUGAAACUAACAUUGUACGAGGUUUAGUUUCUGCUGCGUCACGAAGGAAAAAAGCCGUUUAAACGCUGUCAGUUUCUUCCGAGUGCUGCAGUAAAUAUACUAUAGAGAUUGUAAGAUUAGAUAACAGUCAACACUGUUUCUAGAUAUUCUCUGAACAUUGUGCAAAAUUGAAAAUAAUUGCAUGACGUUGCCAGAGCAAGAUUGAUGUGUGAAUGCUCAAUCAAAAGUUCGAGGAGUGAUUCUGAAGAUUGAUUCAACAAUACAAGUUGUGCUCAGUCAGUAGACACACCUAUACACCUUGAAGGUUUGUAGAACGCCAGUGCUGGCUGGGGAGUGAUACCCAUAAACUUGCUAGUUUCCUGAAUAAGACUGAAUUGCUGCAAAUUCAAUAAGCUCAAUACCAGGUAUUGAGAUAAGGUCACCAAUACCACAAGAUUCUUUGGGGUGAUUUUGACACGAAUGGGUGAUUGUGCUUGGUCAGUAACAGUGCACCUACGCGCCUUAACAGGUGCUGGAAACCAGUACUGACAGGGGAAGUGAAUGAAACGGCUGUUUCGCCUGAAAGUGUGAGAUUGUUGGCUUAAUCAUAGACGCCCUAUACACUUCACGGAGUGUAUAGAAAGCCAGUGAGGUCGAGGAGCGCAAACCUGCAGCCAGAAUAGUCGCCUGGGCAGGAUUGAGUGAAGAAUAAGACAAUAAGACAAACACCAGGCGUCUGGAUUAGUACACAUUCAAGUGAAAUUAAAUAAACACACAGAACUAACAUCCCCAAGGAGUGCAAGUUUUUCUGAUGAAACCAUAGGAUAUUUGCGCAAUGUUUAAAAAAAAUAAGAAACAGGGUGAUGGCGCCAUAAUUCCCGGAUGGGAAGAUGAGCCAUAUGCAUCCAUUGCCAGAGAAUUGGCUUGUUCAGCUGGUAAAUGUGACUCUGAAUGUGAAAAAAGUGAAAUUGAAAUGCCUACUAACCUUCUUGCUUGUCUGAAAAAGAUUCCAAAAGAUAAGUUGCAGAAAAGAAGUUGUGAAUCUGCGAUAAAAGUAACAAAAGCUAAGGGAAAGGUUGGAAUUUGUAGGAUUAGCAAGAGGAAGAUGCAGGUGUGUUUAGCACAGGCAGGGUUCGAUUGGGAUCCUGAAACUUGGGAUGGAAACAUCUGGAGCUCAGAUGAAGAGUCUGAAGGGGUAAAUGCAUUGCCUGUGGUCAGAAGAAAGUUGGAGUACACUGACCUGGGGCAAGUUAGCAGGACCUCUAUGGAAGACUAUACACAGCAAGAGAUGGCUGAUAUUCUUUCAACCUUCAGACAGCGGUCAAAGGAACCGCUGGAUGAGUGGGUUGUCAGACUAGCUGAAACAGGGGCAGGAGGCAUUAAUCUUGAUGCCAUAGGCUCACCAAAGUUGGCUACUAUCUCAGAGGACGAGAAUGUCAGGAGGAUGUUGUUAAAUGGACCCCCUGCAAUAGAAGGGAAUCCGGCUUCACUCACCCUCCUUGAGCUUGUCCAGAUAGGGUUGAAACUGAGGUACCCAUCUGUCAGUGACUGGCCAGAUAAUGACAAACCAUGGUACGGGCUGGCAAAUGCAGUAAGGAAACUGAAACAGGAGAUGGUCAGACAGGCUAUCCAGAAUUCCCAACAGCUGGAUAGACUGAUGGAAAUGCCUGUGACAGUUCAAAUGAGAAAUAAGAUCAUAAAGACUGCCCCUCCAGCAUAUAAGCAGGUAAUAGUGACACUGCUUAAAAAUCAAACAGGAAACUCAUUGCAAUUGGUUACUGAAGCCAUUAUGCAAUUAAGAGAAUCGGGAGACUGGGCACCCAGGACCCAGGCACCCAAGAACCCUGGUGAGGGAGGCUUAGCAAGUCCAGGUCCAUCAACAUUCAGACCAUCUGGGACACCAAAGGAUACAAAUAAUAAAAGCAGGGUAAGUAGAAAAGAAAUGUUCCAGGCUCUCAUCAGAGAGGGUGUAAGUAAAGAACAUAUUGAUGGAAAAGAAACCCCUACACUCUGGAGGCUAUACAAGCAAAAAGGACUUCAUAAGAAAGGAGUCAAUGUAAAUAGCCUACGGACAGAUGCCCCAAACCCUUGUGGAUGGCGAGAAAAAGCACCAUCCUUUCCCCAGGCGAUGGAACCACCAAAGCUACCCACUUUGAUUCCUACAGCACCUCUUUUGUCAGGAGGAGGAGAGGUGGCUAGCUUGCUUGGAAAGGUUGGGGAUGAAUUGGAUAAGAUCUUCAAAAAGCUUUGUGUAAUUAGCAAGCUUUUACAGGAAUUGUUGGAAAGGAUGGCGGCAAGUGAGGAAAGGAAAGUGAGUUCAUUGUACCCUAAUUUGCAGAAAGAGACAGCAAGUGGUGAGGUACUUAAGACACUUAAAGAAUACACACACAUGGAAUUGCCAAACCUGGGAGACCUGGAUUUGACAGACCUAGAAGAUAGUAAUUGACUUGUGAGGCAGGCUCCAGUGAUUGAUUUUUCAGUAAAAGAUCAUAGACCCCAUGUAAAAGUUGAAAUUCACUGGGAGAAUAAAAAUGUUGAAAGGGUUACUGCCCUUGCAGACACUGGAGCCGAGGCCACUUUAAUUUAUGGAAACCCUAAGAAAUUUGUUGGAUUACCCUAUGUAAUCACAGGUCUGGGAGGUAAGAGGACAGAAGCAGUUGAGACCUGGGUAGAACUGAAAAUUGGACAGUUGCCAAAAAAGAAGUAUUCAGUUUUAAUUGUCCCCAUACCUGAAUACAUAAUUACAAUUGAUAUCCUUAAAGGAUUGACCUUGCAUUUGGGGGAUGGCUGUCACAGUUUUGAGACUAAACCCUAUAUAUCAGCCAGAGCAGUGGUGGUAGGAAAAUUAAUACCCCCUGUGCAACUACCACCAGCUACUAAAG